AUGGCGUCAUAUGCUAAAUUUUUUAAAGAAAUUUUGUCAAACAAAAGAAAACUUGACGACAAUGAGACAAUUGCUUUAACUGAGAAAUAUAGUGCCAUAAUUCAAAAUAAAUUGCCUUCCAAACUUAAAGACCCUGGAAGUUUUUCUAUUCCUUGUGUUAUUGGUGAUAUGAGUUUUGAACGUGCUUUGUGUGAUCUUGGGGCUAGUCUAGCUGGUCGAUCUAUCAAGUAUCCAGUGGGAGUAUUAGUGGAUGUUCCUAUCAAAGUAGGACAAUUGUUUAUACCGAUUGAUUUUAUAGUGUUGGAAAUGGAAGAGGACUUUCAAGUCCCAAUUCUUCUUUGGAGACCUUUUCUAGCCACAAUAGGAGUUUUUAUUGAUGUGAAACAUGGGAAGUUUGUUUUCAAUGUGGGUGAUAAAAAGAUUGAAUUUAAUUUGUCUAAUCUUAUGAAAAGUCUUUCUCUUGAAGAUUCUUGUUGCAGGGUCGAUUUAAUUGAUCAUUGUGUUAAGGAAUGUCCUUUAGGACUACUCUCACAAGAUGGGCUAGAAGCAUGCUUGAUUGGAAGCACAAUUCAUGAAGACUUGGAAAAGGAACCUAAUACAUAUGCUAACUUGUUGGAUGAAAAUCCUCCUCUUCCAAACUAA